AUGUUAGUUGACAGUCAAACGUACAUGGCUUCCCUUGUUUUUCUGGAUAUUGGAUACAAUGCUUGUAAAAUUGUAUACUCUUAUAUUUUAAGUAAUGAAAAAAAUUUGUCUCAUGAUGAAAUGUCUGAAACAUCUGAAUCUUCUAAAGGAAAACGAACUAUUCAC